AUGGUGUACAUUGGGAUUCCAAAGAACUAUACGGCGUCGCCGUCUUCUUUUAUGGGAACUCCGUCCCUUACGAUUAACUACUCCGCAACCCAGGAUCUCGAUUCCACCAAUGCCUUUGAGGGCCCUGAGAAACUCCUGGAGGUCUGGUUUGCGCCAUCUGCGGAGUCCUUGGGACCGGCCAAGCCUGCCGGUCUGAAGGCGGUACCGGAGGAGAUCUGGAAAGACAUGUUGGAUCUGGUCAAUUGCCAGGUGCUGUCGAUCGUAUCGUCGGAAGAUGUGGACGCUUACCUCCUAUCGGAAUCCAGCAUGUUCGUCUGGCCCCAUAAGCUGAUUCUCAAGACAUGUGGGACCACUACGUUGUUGUCGGGACUGCCUCGCAUCCUUGAGAUUGCGGCGUUGUUUGGUGGCUUUCCCAAAUCCACUGCGCCGGCGGCGCGGGGGAUCAAUGUUGCAUCUGCCCCGUAUCGGGUGUUCUACAGCCGGAAGAACUUCCUCUUCCCAGACCGCCAGCGUGGCCCGCAUCGUAGCUGGAGAGACGAAGUGCGCGCCAUGGACAAGCUUUUCCAGAACGGGAGUGCAUACAUGAUCGGCAAGAUGAAUGGCGAGCACUGGUACUUGUACCUGACCGAGCCCCACACCUUGCUCACACCUCCUGCAAGUCCCCAAGCAGAGUCGGAGGACGGGGUGACCGAGACCAAAAUCUUGCAGAUCCCCGAGCAUAUGGUCGCGAACGUGGACAAUGGCAACGACGAGACCCUGGAGGUGUUGAUGAUGGACCUGGACAAAGAGAACGCGAAGCAGUUCUAUCUCGAACAUGCAACGGCCGUGGCGGAGAAACGCUACAGUAACUUCGAGAAGGACCGGAACGAGCAUGUCGACGUGUUCAGCAACCAUUCGGACCUGGAUGACUUGGGUUCCGACGAAGGCCGUGUACUCCCUACCGAACUGACCACCGAGGGUCAUGCACUGGGUACGGUGGUUUCCGAGUCCUCGGGCCUUGCGAACGUCUAUCCCAAGGAGAAAUAUCCCGAGUCGCGCAUCGACGCUUACUUGUUCACCCCGUGCGGUUUCUCUGCCAACGGGGUGAUUCCCUCUCCUGAUCAGGGUACCGGCACCCACUACUUCACGGUGCAUGUGACACCUGAACCCGAAUGCUCCUACGCCUCGUUCGAGACCAACGUGCCGCACUCCCAGAACGGGCAGACCACGGCUGGGAUUGUACAGCAGGUCGUUGAUAUCUUCAAACCUGGUCGCUUCACCAUGACUAUGUUCGAGACCAAGCGAUCGAUGGACGAAUGGGACGGCCACAAGGAGGCGGCCUAUGCGGAACGACAGGCUGCUCGCCGCAUGACCAAAAUGGAGUAUAUGAAGGGAUACCGUCGGGUGGAUCGGAUCGUUCAUGAUCUGGAUGGAUAUGACCUGGUGUUCCGCUACUACGAACGGCUUGACUGGAAAGGGGGGGCCCCUCGGCUCGGCGAAGAGCGCGUUUGA